AUGACGUCGACUGCGUGCAACAGGGAGCAGGAGAGGCCUCCCAUGGUGGGACACCAGGACGAUGAGCAGCAGCAGCCGCGGCUGGACCCUACAACGACAACGCAGCACCUGCAGCACGCCCGAGACUACCUGGCGACUCUGCACGGCGAUAGGGCCGCGUCGUGCUCCGACUUGGAGGAGGAGGCGAAGGUGUUCCUCGACUCCCCCUCCACGGAAGAGCAGACCCGACGCUUCCGUCUGAUCUACCAGCUCGUGCGCUACCAGAUCCACAGCCACACGCACAACAUGUACGCCAUUCUUCAGGAGAAGCUUGCUGCCAUGGCAAGAGUACAGGCUACGGUGGGCAACGCCGAUGAUGACCCCGACGUCAAAGAGCUUACCAUCGCUCUCGUCAACGGAAGGAUUGUCGACGCCACCAUCAGGGUGAUCGAGCGGGCCGUCGAAGCCAUGCGCGACCUCAACGGGAGGAACGAGGCCGGAACAAAGGCAAAGGCCUCCUCCUCGACCUCCUCCGCAUCAUCAUCCCCGGCAAGCAACACCCCGCCGCCCGAAUCAUGGGAGCAGCCCAGAAAGCAGCAGCAGGAGAGGCGAAAACAGAGGCGGGAGAAGGAGCGCCCCGAAGCCACCCCAAUAGGAAGGACCUUCGAUUCGCCUUCGAAGCUGCCCAAGCGAUCCCGUCUGCCGGCCGCGGCGGUGAAGGAGAUGAGGACUUGGCUCGACCAGCACUGGGACGACCCCGUACCGACUCACGAGGAGAAGAAUAGCUUCGCUAUCAAGCACGACAUCACCACCAAACAGGUGGAGAACUGGUUUAUCAAUAUCCGCAUGAGGGAGUGGCGGCCGGCCAUGCGCCGGGCGUUGGAUCAUGCCGAGGAGACCGGCUCGUACGCCGAGUUCUCCAGGCUCCUCCAGCACACCGCCGAAGGCAACGUCUUCAAGAAGUUCCUUGAGGAGCGCCAGAUGGGUCAUGGCUCCACCCUGGUGCCCCCGCCCAGCCUCCAGCGCUUCAUUGGCGCCCAGGGCUUUGCUGCUUUCGCUGGAGACGGCAGGGCGAGCAAGCGGUCGCGCUGA